AAGAACUACUUCCGGUCUUAUCUAUGGUUACCAGGAACGCUCAUUCCGACUUCCGGUGAUGUCUGUUGCCAUAGUAACCAGCGCAGCCAGCAACGAGGAGAUGUCAGACACUGAAGACGAGGGUUUGGAGGAGGGACAGGAGGCUGAGGAGCCUGCAGAAGAGACAAAUGAAGACAUCGAGGAAGGAGACGAGGAGCACAAGAGAGAAGACAAGGAUGAGGAGGAGAAUGAGGAAGAAGAACCGGAAGUAGAAGAGCCUCCUCCCCAUGUGCCGCUGACUGAAGAAAUGCUUAAGGAAGCCCUGUCUCUACUAUGUAAGACUGGAAACGGACUGGCUCAUGCCUACGUCAAACUGGAAGUCAAUGAUUUGGAGAUCACAGACAUCUCCAUACUGCAGUCAUUCAUACACCUGCGCUAUGUGGAUCUAUCCCGCAAUUCCCUGCGAGAUCUGUCUCCAUUGGGGUCUCUCACCCAUCUGUUGUGUCUGCGUGUGGAUCAGAAUCAUCUGGUCAGUGUCGGUGGAUUGGGAGAGCUGCCUUAUCUGCAACUGGCUAGUCUGUCACAGAACCGCAUCCAGAACCUCCAGGGAAUUGCCCAUCCCAGACUGGAGUCUCUCAACCUCUUAGGAAAUGAGCUGCGCACGCUGGAAGGGCUGGACUGCAGUAACCUGUACAGUCUGCGCACCCUGGAGCUACGAGGAAACCAGCUGCAGAGUACGGCCGGACUCUACCUGCCCAGCCUGCGGGAACUCUUUCUGGCCCAGAACAACAUGAAGACACUGGAAGGGCUGGAGAGUCUCGUACACCUCACCCGCCUUCACCUGAGAGACAACCAGCUGGAGACUCUGGACGGCUUCUCUGAGAACAUGCAGAACCUUCAGUACCUUAACCUCAGGGGCAACCUGGUGUCCAGGAUGCAGGAGGCGGAGAAGCUGAAAGUUUUGCCCAUGUUGCGGGCCCUGGUUUUGCGGGAGAACCCAUGUGCGGAUGAAGAUGGCUAUCGCUUGGAGACACUCAUCGCUCUGCCCAACCUGGAGAGGCUGGAUAAAGAUUUCUUUGAGGAAGAUGAAAGAACGGAGGCUGCAGAGACGCAGAGGGCGAGGCUGGAGGAUGGGAUCGUUGAGUCGUAAACGAGUUCUACAUUUUGAUGUACACACCAAAGGGAAAAAGAAUUAACGCCUAAAGGAUGACACUGAGAUGAAAUGUGAUGGAAUGCGAUGAGCGUCACUGAAGUGAAAAUCCAACACCCCAUCAGCUACUGUACAGUGUACAGGAGGCUAUCCUGCAAUCCCCCAUGCAAGGGGAGGAGCUUAUGCUGCAAUACUCUUCAUCUCCGUACAAUGGGAGGAGCUUAUGCUGCAAUACUCAUCUCCAUACAUACAAUGGGAGGAGCUUAUGUUGCAAUACUCUUCAUCUUCAUAUAAAGGGAGUAUUUUAUGCUGCAAUACUCUUCAUCUUCAUACAAAGGGAGUAUCUUAUGCUGCAAUACUCAUCUCCACACAAAGGGAGGAGCUUAUGCUGCAAUACUCUUCAUCUCUACACAAAGGGAGGAGCUUAUGCUGCAAUACUCUUCAUCUCCAUGCGAAGGGAAGAGAUUAUUCUGCAGUACUCUCCAUCUCCGAACAAGGGAGGGGUUUAUACUGCAAUACUCUUUAAGUCCGGAUAGGGGAGGAACUUAUGCCGCAGUACUUUUCAGGCAAUGGACUGGGGGAAGGAACUUAUACCGUGACACUCUAAAAGUAAUUAAUGGGGAGGAGCUAACUGUGGACUAAACCAGACUCUGUGUUUAAUGGUUACAGUGGUCUUUGUUGGGUUUUCUUUUAUAUAGUGCAAAUAGUCUCAGUAAACAGGGAUUUGUGUUCAUCA